AAUGACUUGCUCAUAAUUAAAGUGUAAAUCAGCCUAAAUAAAUGUGGCUUUUGGGGCACCUACUUUAUAAUUGCUUUCUAUUAAUGCAGUUCUAAUAUUUAUUUACAUGAGUGCUGUUUUUGAGCACUUACUUUACCUGGGUGCGGUUUUCAGAAUUUAUUUUUAUGAUUGCCCCAAAUCUGCUAGGUUUUUGACUACCCAUUCUAAAAUUUCUUCAAAUAAAUGCGGUUUUCGAGAGUCCAUUCCACAAUUACUUUAAAUAAGUGCGGUUUUGGGGCAUCACUUAAACAAUUGUUUCUAAUAAGUACGGUCUUUUAGUUUCGCUUCUACAGUUACUUUAAAUAUGUGA